AAACACUCGCAGGCUUUGCGUUCGGUUGUGAAGAAUUUGCCUAGGAAUAUCGUUCCGAACGCACGCUGUUGCGGAUGAAUUACGGUGGGUCAAGUUCUUCGAUUGGUUUGCUUUACACAAUUGUUACCCAUUUUCGGUUGUUGUGUUGUGACGAACUGUGUCAGCGCACUAUUGACAACAGACGGCGUCCAUUCAUCCGCCCUCUCCCUGUGUCGUGUUGUGCCGUGCGUGAGCGAGUGUGUGCGUAAGCGUGAGAAAGCGUGCGCGAUUGCCCAAUAGAAGCAAGCUGUGUUCAGUGUGUGUGCGUACGUGUGCGUUUGUUUUGAGCUGAGCGUAGUAGCUCUGCGUCGUGUUUGACCUUUUGCGCCAAACCAAAAUCCCCAGCACCAGUCUUCCCGAUCGAAGCGGCGGGGGUGGAAAGAGAAGCCGUCCCGCCAGUCUGUUCCCAAUUCACGUUGCGGAAUCGGUUGUAGUGGGCCCAGCUACGCUCGUUGGAACACUGGAACAUCCUUCUCUCCCGGUCCCCCGCUGUUGGUGCUGGAUGCAAAAAUUUAAGUAAAGCUUCAAAUACAUCGCUUUAUCCGCAUCGUUUGCGCGUGGCUGUCUGUGGGUGCCGAUAAUCCAUCGGGCCCGAGGAUCUUGUCGGACGUUGUUGGUGGGGUUGCUGCAGCUACGCUCGCCGAUGAUCAAAUGAUUGUACGAGUUGAAUCUUGUGCUUGACCUCGACGACGACAACGGCGGCGAUCCGAAGUGGACGACAUUCACCGGGCUGCACAGGCGCAAGUGGAUCGGGCUGGAACCAGUUUAGCGGUUUGGAUGAAGUAUUACUAAACUCUGUUUAGGUGACAACACAAAACAUGCUCCGUGUUUUCGGGUGUGUGUGUGGAGAAAUAAAAGUAAAUGUGAUACUGUAAGUGUAAGUUGGCAAAGUGAUCAAGAAGUCGAUCGGCUCCACCGUUCGGGAUUUGCUUUUUUGCGAGAGCAACCUACGAGAUAAGAGCCCCGAAUUAGAAGGUGCGCCGGUCAAACAUCUGCCAUCAGGUUAGCGAAAGGUCCACCGAAACCACCACCAAUGGGCCCCACGAUGACGCUGUCAUUAUAAUUCCUCGUUGUCCGGUACUUUGCUCCGGCUCCGGGACGGGCACCGGAAGGCGAGCAUAGCGAGCAGAACGGGGUGGGCGUGUGGGUGCGGUGCGACAAUCAGCUUUUUCGUUUCAUUUUCCUGUGUGUGUUUGUGUGUCGGUAAUAGUUGGACAGCUGCCUCAAAAGCGAACGCACACACGGACGACGCCCCGCCGCGUAUCACCAGCUCCUUUACCUGGCUCGGCCGUACCGCCAUGUCGGAAGGAUUUGGCAACGGCCAACAGGAAGGAGCAGCAGCAGCAGCAGCAGCAGCAGCGGCAGCGGCAGCAGCUGCCGCAGCAGGACAGCUAGUGGUGGACGACAACCUUCUCGGACACGGUGGUGGUGCUGGUGGUGCUGGUGGUGGUGGUGACGGCAACGAAUACCAGUGGGCGUACGGCACGAUCAUGGACUCGUCCCGCGUCUCGACCUGUCUCAUCUCGAUGCUGCUGAUCGUGUACGGCAGCUUCCGGAGCCUGAACAUGGAGCAGGAACAGCGGGAGAAGGAAAAGAAACGACAGAGCGAAAGCAUGAACAACCUACUGACCGGUGAACCGGUCCAGCAGGAACAGAACAAAUUCGCCACAUUGGACACGAUGCACGCGCUGUGCUUACCUCUCGGCGCAUCGAUCUCGCUGCUAGUGAUGUUUUUCUUCUUCGACUCAAUGCAGAUGCUGUUUGCGGUCUGCACAGCAAUAAUCGCCACCGUUGCCCUAGCCUUUCUGCUGCUCCCGAUGUGCCAGUACAUUAUCCGGCCGUGCACGGACGGCAAUCGGAUAUCGUUCGGCGUGUGUGGACGCUUCACGGCGGCGGAACUGUUUAGCUUUUCGCUCGCCGUAUCGAUCGUGUGCAUUUGGGUGCUGACCGGGCACUGGCUGCUGAUGGACGCCAUGGGCAUGGGGCUGUGCGUCGCGUUCAUCGCGUUUGUGCGACUGCCGAGCCUGAAGGUGUCGACGCUGCUGCUGACCGGGCUGCUCAUCUACGACGUGUUUUGGGUGUUCUUUUCCUCGUACAUCUUCAGCACGAACGUGAUGGUGAAGGUGGCGACCCGGCCGGCCGACAAUCCGGUCGGCAUUGUGGCGCGCAAGCUGAACCUGGGCGGCAUCGUGAAGGAACCGCCCAAGCUGAACCUGCCCGGCAAGCUGGUGUUUCCGAGCAUCCACAACAGCGGCCACUUUUCGAUGCUCGGUCUGGGCGAUAUCGUGAUGCCAGGGCUGCUGCUGUGCUUUGUGCUGCGCUACGACGCUUACAAAAAGUCCCAGUCCACCCAGACGGCCGAGGCCGGCGUUCCACCACCGAAAGGAGUUGGCUCGAAGCUUACUUAUUUUCAUUGUUCCUUAUUAGGUUACUUCCUUGGAUUGUUAACCGCGACUGUCAGUUCUGAAGUAUUCAAAGCGGCACAGCCUGCGCUGCUGUAUCUCGUACCGUUUACACUGCUACCUCUGCUUACGAUGGCAUAUCUGAAGGGUGAUCUGCGACGCAUGUGGAGUGAACCGUUCAUCAUCCAACAAGCUUCGAAGCAGCUAGAGGUAUAAACCACACUGAUCACAUGCUCUCCACUGAAGCGAAUACAAUACAGCAACACACAACUCUGUACGCAAAAUAGUAUUAAGUGCAACUAACUACACAAACACACGUACACGGGGCGAACGAUCGAUCGUAGUAGUGUACUAGGAAAAGGAUUACUACUAUAACUACUACUGCAAUUAUAUGCAACCGUACAUAGCGUAUCUCAUGCUGGUACCGCCCAACUGACGGUACCGGGCCGAAGGGGGGAAAGUCAAUAAGUGGGCAGUGUGGAUAUGCCGAGAUUGAACAAAACUCUUGAACAAAGAUCCCUUUUUCUAGUACACACCCCCCUUUCCUGGAAAGCACUCGAGACCAGCACGGGAAAUACCUUCCGGGCACGGUAGCAGCAGUGUAGGUUUAGAUUGUGGUUAGGUUUAACGUGACGGGAAGGGAGCGAAUGCAAGCAACAGGGGUGGACGGCGAUAUGGCACGAAUGAAUCAUUUAAGGUAGUUUAACAAUAUUUGAAUGUGAUUAGGCGUUAGGGAAUUAGUAGAGCCGUUUGUGUGUUUGUAUGUGUGUGUGUGUGUUUUCAGAACCGUGUGCCGGUGGCAGAAAACGCAGAAAACGUUCGCUAAUCAAAACGAGCAGAGACGACAGAGUGUCGUCGGUACAGGUGUACGCUCGGGCGCGCGCACGUACGAGUUAGGUUAUUAUAGGAUUACAUCUCAUUUUGCAUCGUCUCUGUACACAACCCACUUUCCUAUGCAUAUUACACCAACGAACGAUUCAUACACGCCUGGUGAGUCACGUUGCAGCGCGCAGUGCACGCUUCCGUUGACUUGCCUGCCGCCUACUACCUGCUAUACCGGAUAAAGGUGUGUUCUUUUGUUUUUGCGCGCGACAGACAUUUGGUUUUUUUUCUAAUCGCGCAGCUUUUGUCUCUCGCUAUCUCUCGCUUUCUCUCUAUCACUCUUUCCGUCUCUCUUUUCUCUUCCCGGAGGAACAUGAUAUGGCCGUGGAUGUUUUAAAUUUAAAGCAGAACGCAUUUUUCUUCGUACCUUAGCAUUGUUAGCGAAUCGGAUGGAUAAGUUUAUUGACCGUUACAGCGCAGUACUGUUUGGCGUAAUGCAACUACAAUAUUAAUUAUGUUUAAACUUUUUUCUCAUCUCUGAAUUUUUGAGUAGGUGCGAAUUGGUAUAGAUGCAUCGCAUUGUACCCGGGUUAGCAAAGGAUAUACAAUUGCUCUCAUACAAAAAAAAAAAACAAAUGUUAAAACUAUCAUGUAAAAACUGAACGUACCUAUACGACGCACCGCACCAGUACUGCUUACAUCUGCUGGUUCAUGUUUGGCAUGUAAGACAAAAUGGGAAUACUAAAACGAAAAACCGUAUAGAGCAUAGAUCACCUUUAAACUACGGUUCCGUUCCGGGUUGACUCAUAUUGACAACUUUUAUUUUCGUGAGUGAAUUGCAAAGAGAACGAGAGAGAGAGAGAGACAGAGAAGGCUAAACAAAGGCAUCCGGUAAGGCAAUUCGUUACAAACAGAUUCAGCGUUUCGUUCAUCCAGAUCAUGAUCAUCGUACACCUUUUUAGCCGAUAAAUGUUGUACCCGGUGAAACUGCUUUCUCCCUGUGUGCUGCUGAGCUGCAGUUCGCACACGUGAGUUUGCACGGAACCCGAACACUUCGAUAUACAUAAUGUGAUAAUUCUUUCUUUACCUUUUUGUUUUAUUUUAAUUUUCAUAUAAUUUCAUAUAAAUCUCUGCCCCGUCUCGAAUGUAUACUUUACAUACGUUUUUUUUUUUUCUAUAAUCAAAAGUACUGUUAAUAAUAGUGAAAAAGAAAUAUAACUUUUAAUUUUUCCAGAAAAGAAUCUUCUGAAGAGAAA